UCUCCAGUCGUACGGUCCUGUAGCAACCUGAGCGCAGUCCGCUGAUCUCGGUCUCUACGAACGCUCCUCUGUCUGGAUACCAUAGUUUCUCCCCCCCCCCCUCUGGAUUAUAUUUUCUGAUGGUUUUCAACUCCAACUCGAUGCAUAGAAAUGGGUAAACUGCACUCGAAACAUGCCGCUAUUUGUAAACCGAGGGAGAGUCCAGAAGGCGACAGUUUUGUAGUCAAUGCCUGUUUGGCGAGAAAGGGAAUCGACGACUGGCUCGUGAAGCAGAAAUACUAUUGCACGAGCUCUCGCCUCGAGCAACAGGACUGUCAGCACAAGAACAACUGCGGUUUGACUACACGGGAAUCCAUGGAUGAAGCAUGUGCAGAGAGGAUUGGCAAUGAACACUACCGUUUAGAAGUGGCUUUACCGCCAGAGAAGACAGACAGCUGCUGUGUGGAGGAGAAGAUGCAGGAGAGGGACAGCCAAUCUCCCGCAGGGCCACAGAAACAGCUCCAGUUUGAAGAGUUGGAGUGUGCAGUGUCUGUGGAGGAGGAUAACCGGCAGGAGUGGACCUUCACCCUCUACGACUUUGACAACAAUGGCAAAGUAACCAGAGAGGAUAUCACCAGCCUGCUCCACACCAUCUAUGAGGUCGUGGACGCCUCCGUCAACCAUUCACCCAGCAGCAGCAAGACAUUGCGGGUCAAGCUGUCGGUGGCUCCCGACUCCAGCCAGCGGUGGAGGACUUGUACGCAGGGUGCGGCAGACAUGUCCCACCCCAGAGAGAAAAAUGACAAGUGCAUAGAAGACCCCAAGAGUGCAGACAAGAAGACACGAGCGCUCCUAAGGCGCCACCACAGUGACCACCACACCCAGCCGGGCUGCCAGCGCCACUGUGUGGAUGAGAACCUGGAACGCAGGAACCACUACUUGGACCUGGCAGGCAUCGAAAACUACACAUCCCGCUUCGGAGCCGCACCCACCACAGAGCCGACGAAGGCAGAGCCUCAGACCCGCUCAUCCAACCAGACUCGUUCUCGCUCCCAUGAACCAGAAAAUGGCCACUCCUAUUCCCACCACCGCCGCUUGCAGACUGUUGUGGACACUGUUGCUCCGGACAGCCUCCACCCCGCCCGUACGCGAGGCCAAGACUCAGGGAAACAUGCCCUCCGUUCUCCUAAGACCCACAGCCGCAUGCCUCCUGCGCAGAUCAGUGGCAGGGUUAUGAGAAGCCGAGGUGUCCCUCCUCCCCCGGCGCUAACCAGCCAGACCCCCCCCCACCAGUCCACAGCUCCCUACCGCAAGCACAAGCAGCGGUCCAAGGAAAGCCAGGGCUACAGGGUCUUAGGCUCUCAGGCUCCUGGACCAGUGGUGGAGAAGGAGCAGGUGAGGGACCUGCCCAGUGUGCUGCUGUACGAGGGGGGGCUGGCCCAAGUGGUGCAGCGGCAUGAGCAUCACCACCACCAUGAACACCAUCACCACUACCACCACUUUUACCAGUCCUGAAUUUUUGACCCUGCCUGGGCCAGCUCAGCUCUCCUACAGUCCCACAAAACCCAACCAGGCCAGCAGACUCCGACUGCAAGCAGCUUCCUCCUCAACAGCCGGCCCACCCUGCGCUGUGCAGUACUGCAGUGCCUUUGUGGUGGACACAGGACAUGGGUUGGAGAGGAGGAUCGUGGAAGGGAUGUCCCAGUGAUUGGAGGUUAUUAAUCAGUGUUAUAAAGAGGUUGGUCAGACAUACAAAUGCUCGGGUAGUGAUUCAGGGCCGAAGUAGGGCCACGACUGAGGAUCACGGCUGGGGCUAGAGAGGAGGCACAAAGGGACAAUUUGAUAGAUUACCCUGAAGUUCCUGUCGCCCCCGACCCUGUAAUCCUCUACCUGAUAAACUCUACGGCUCCAAACCAGCACCACAACCCUUCCAGGCCACUAAGCCAAAAGGUUUUUAAAAAGGAGGGACGAGAGGAAGAAAGACUGUGAUGUAGACGAAAAUAUAUGAAUGAAUAGAAGUGAUAGGAGAGCAGGGCAUAGUGUGUGUGUGUGUGUGUGUGUGUGUGUGUGUGUGUGUGUGUGUGUGUGUGUGCGAGUGUCACGACACUGGUGUCUGUUUAAAUCCACUUGAAGUGCGCUCAUGUGUGCGUGAGUAUUUAAAGCAGGCUGACAGGCAGGUUUUUGAAGAUGAAAAUGAAGAUUCUGAUUCAAGCACGCAAUACCCCGUAAGCAAAAAUGGGAAGAAAAACAUGUUGAAAUGUUAUACAGUAAGAAAAGAACAGAGAUCCCAAAUCCGCUGCUACCUCUAAUUUUAUCCUAAUUGUUGUUGUAAUGGUGUCUUUGACUAAGCUUUCAGAGGUUAUUUUCAAAUUACUUCGAAACUUUUUUGAAAGAAGAGAAAUCGUGUCAUAAUCUUCAGAACUGAAGUGUCAAAAAGCUCCUUACUUUUAUGAACUAUCAUUGACUGUACAUAAGGUAUAUAUUGUUAUCAAUUUUAUAAGCUUUGUUGAUAAUGUGAUAUCUUUGUAUUCACUAUCUGAAGCUUUUAUUCACUAUCUGAAGCUUUUAUGUUUGUUUUUCUUCACAACAUCAUUUUAUAAUACCAAUCAGAGCCUCCUUUUGACUAGAAAAUGGAACAACUGUAUUACUUACUCAGGCUCAAACUCUCGUUCCUCUGUAUGUUUCAACUUUCUCACAAUGUGAUUAGAUACAUAAGUGCAACAUAACUCUCAACACUGCUGUUCAGUCGCUUGACCUCUCAACACAUGCAAGUGUUGUAUAGAACGCAUAAUUUUUAUUUAAUUUUAUUUAAAGCUUUAGUGCGUAAUUUUUGGAUAUUAAUGAAUGUCCGUUACA